AUGGACCUGCCCCCGCAGCUCUCCUUUGCCCUCUACGUGGCUGCCUUUGCACUGGGCUUCCCACUCAAUGUCUUGGCCGUUGGGGGCGCCGUGGCCCACGCCCGGCUCCGCCUCACUCCCAGCCUUGUCUAUGCCCUCCACCUGGGCUGCUCAGACCUAUUGCUGGCUGCUUCUCUUCCCCUGAAGGCGGUGGAGGCCCUGGCUGCGGGAGCCUGGCCUCUGCCAGCCCCUCUCUGUCCUGCCUUUGCCCUGGCCCACUUUGCUCCGCUCUAUGCGGGUGGCGGCUUCCUGGCUGCCCUGAGUGCUGGCCGUUACCUAGGAGCCGCCUUCCCCUUGGGCUACCAAGCUGUUAGGAGGCCCUGCUAUUCCUGGGGCGUGUGUGUGGCCAUAUGGGCCCUUGUCCUCUGUCACCUGGGGCUGGUCUUUGGGUUGGAGGCUCCGGGAGGCUGGAUGCACAAUACCACCAGCUCCCUAGGCAUCAACACACCAGUCAAUGGCUCUCCAGUCUGCCUGGAGGCCUGGGACCCAGCCUCAGCAGGCCCUGCUCGCCUCAGCCUCUCUCUCCUGCUCUUCUUUCUGCCCCUGACCAUCACAGCCUUCUGCUACGUGGGCUGCCUCCGGGCACUGGCCAGCUCAGGCCUGAGUCACAGACGGAAACUAAGAGCAGCGUGGGUGGCUGGCGGGGCACUGCUCACACUGCUGCUCUGCUUGGGACCCUACAAUGCCUCCAAUGUGGCUGGCUUCUUGCACCCCGACAUGGGAGGCCGCUGGAGGAAGCUGGGGCUCCUCACAGGUGCUUGGAGCGUGGUGCUCAACCCAUUGGUGACCGGCUACUUGGGAAGGGGGAUUGGCCGGGGGACAUCAUGUGGGACAAGAAUGAAAGGGGGUACAUCUCAGAAGUAG